UAUCUAAAACCCACCCCGCCCUUUUCCAGGCAGCUCUCCGUCAUCUCUACUUUCUCCUCUGCUGUAACCUCGGCUCCUCAUUAGUUUCAAAUCGGCGCCCGCCCUACCGACCACCAACUGGCAAAGACGCCCUACAAAACUAGUUUGCUGGUCUGAUUGGGGAUUCCAGUAGAUCGAUUUUACUUAAUCUAUGAUGCGAAGACGGGAACCCUGCAGAAAUUUCCAACGCGGAAGUUGUCAGUAUGGUGACCGCUGUAAGUUCCUCCAUGUUAGCCAACAACAAACGAGGCCUAGUCCUUUUGGUCUUGGUUCUACAAAGACUUCACAGCUCUCACAAAAUAGUCAGCAAUCAACGCCCAAUCCAUAUGGAUUUGGGGUUCAAGAUACCACCCAGUUGAGUGGUGCAAACAUCUUUGGUCCUAGAAAUCAAAAUCCUUCUAAGCCAUUUGAAAAUAAGUGGAUCCGGCCCACCGCUGCAACAAACUCCACGUUGUCUCACGAAGCUGAUACUCAAAAACAAGCAUCUGUUCAUGAGUGUACAGAUCCUGAGUCAUGUAAACGUCAAAUAAUAGAGGAUUUCAAGAAUGAGGCACCUCUUUGGAAAAUUACUUGUUAUGGCCACUGGAAAUAUCUUCCAUGCGAUAUUGUUGGUGAUUCUAGUUAUGAAGAAUUGCGUGCAAAUGCAUAUGUGGAUGCAAAAAAAGGGGUACCGCUGCAGUCAAUUAUUGAAAGGGAGAGAAACUUACUGAAUUUUAAGUUAGCUGAAUUUGAUGCUCUAAUUCGGAAUCCCUAUGCAAUACGAAGCUCUGGUCCUACUGCUGUAAAGCAAUUCUCUGUUAGUACCAACGCUUCAACAGUCAGUCCAAUGAGCAAUGUACCGCCUACAUUUUCAAGUUUUAGUCAGCUUGGAACGUCAACUAGUGUUGCACCUAUCAUGAGUUUUGGAGGCCAGAUAUCAGGAAUUCAGUCAAAUAGUGUUUUUGGGCAGUCAAGUUUUCCUAAAAGUACUAGUCCAAUUGCAGGUGGAUCUGAGAUGAAAUUUGGUGAUUCUGGAACAGUUGGUGGCCAACUACCAAUUCAACUGUUUGGGAGUUCAACAGGACCAAGCAACUCCGGAAGAACCAAUGGAACAUUUGGUGACCAACUACCAUUGCAACAAUUUGGAAGUCCACCAGGACCUAACAACUCCAGUAUUACCAAUGGUUUCAUGGCUAUGGGAAGCAAGGAAUCGCCCUUACAUUCUAUGUCUUCUCAAUUUUUUAACAGCAGCAGUAAUCAAUCAUCAGGAUUUCUUGAUGGAUUGAAAGUUGUUCAAAGCGCAUUUAACAAGGCAGCUGCAGCGGACAAUCAAGAUAUAGGCUCUGAUGACACUAUCUGGUCAAAGGACUGGGAUAUUGGUGAGAUACCAGAAGAGGAACCUCCAGAAAGAGUCUGUCUCGACAUAAAUUCCCAAACUCUUAUCAGAUGAGUAUGUUUGGCCGGUGGUUUGAUCUUCUUCUGCAUGUAUUCCCUCUUUCUUCAUAGAACAUACAACAAUACAUUUAUACAAAAGGAAGAGCAAAUAUAGGCCAGUUUAAGAAAGUAUGGAGCCCAACAUCUAAACCUUAAAUCCUGAAUCAUAAUAAGCAAAAGGUUCAAUCCCCAUUUAUUUGUGCAUCACAUAAAUUUUUAUAUUCUCUUCUUUUUGAUGCUAUGUUAGCGGUUUCUUGCAUCGCAAUGCUGAAAUUUUGGCCUAUCAUUGGUUGAAAUGUUCAUAUUUAGGCAUAGCUUCGUACAUUUUCGACUAAAGCUUGGAGUGAUGAUGUUAAAUGUGGUGUUUUUUGUGGGGAUUGGUGGAGAUUUAAUGCAUGUUGCUAUUCUCUUGUUAAGAUCAGCAACAAUGUCUGUUUAAUUAUGUAAGUUAUCAUAAUUUUGAUCAAUUCUGUAUAGCAAAACCUAUGAAUUUGCAAUAUUGAAUGCAGUACUUGUUUAGCGGUUGGUUCGGA